UGUCUGUCCUCAGCUCCUCCCCUCUCUAAGUCUUUGUCUGUCCGUCUGUUGUACUUGGGUUUGUAAACAGUUGUUUCAUUGCUGGAGAACAUUUGGAGAUUUGUGGAGUGAUAAAUGAACUCUUUUCAGGUUGAGCAUAAACACCGGUUACAAUAAUAACUCACUAAUUAUCAAAGUAAUGCAAGAAAUUCUCUGUAAAUAAAUUACAAUCAUUUAAUUACUGAACAAAACAGCUUCCACGACGUGGGCUUGAUAUCCAUGUGGAUCACAGACCUGGUUUACACCUGUCUCUUUUAGUAACACAGGAAGCAAUGAACGACUCCCGUGUUAUGCUGGUUGGAAUAAACAGAUCAUGCUGCUCAUCGUCUGAAGUUGUGGGCGUGAAGCAAGUCUUUGCUAGUCAGUCUUUCUCCUUGUUGUUUGAGGUUAGUUUGGUCUGUCAAGGCCCCGUUUGCUCGCUCCCACUGUGCUGCUACAGAUAUGCAUUUCUCUCUGGUUUAAUGUGUUUCCAUUGUGUGAUGCCAACUUUGCAGAAGAGUUCCUGGAACAAAAUUCGUCACACUAAAUACAACACUUAGAAGUUGGUGAUUGUGAUUAGUCAAAAUGAUGUGAGAUUACAUCGCAACAAACCCAGCCAUUACUGCUGCGUCCACUCGAAGGAAAUGAACUGGACAAACCAACAUGUGCAGGCACUGUCAGAGCUGCAGACGAUAGUUUGUACUACUGUGUAAAAGAUGACGUCAAAGUUUAAAAUGCCUUAAACCUGCUUUAUUUCUUAUGUCCACCAGGGGGUGACUCCUCUGGUUGCAAAAGACUGCAAGAGCUCAGUAAAUAAAUACUUUCCUUCAUCACUGUCGGUGCAUUUAAAUGUUAGAAGCUCGGUGAGCAUGUGCUGCUUUUCUGUGUCAGAUAUUUAUGAUAUAUACAUAUUUUAUAGAGACUCAAUAUUUCCAGGAGGCAAUGGGAGACAUGAGAAACUAGAAUAAGGAUUUUUCAAGCUUUUCUGACAUUUUAUAGUAAAUAUGAGGCUUAGAAUGGGCUUUUGGUUGGCUGACUAAGCAUGACAGUAAACUAUUUAUGACCAUUUCAUAAACAAAUGUCUCUAAUGUUUGAGUCAACGAAACCCCAAACAAUUAAAUUGGUUCGGAAAAAAAAAAGAGAAAAAAAAGGGAAGGAUGACGGGAGAUUUUCCUUUGGAUCUUCGGAGGUCAUAAAAAUUUGUCUCUGCAGGAAAAAACCCUGUAACUGGUCAACAUAAAAACACAAAAAUGUUUGUUUUCAAUGAGCUAUAAGUGGUGGCAAGUCAGGUUUUGGAUGUCAAACAAGCAUCGGUCAUUUCAGGUCAUUUUUAUUCUUAGUUUGAAUAAACAUACAUUUGUCGUCCAUAAGUGGAGUUUUGCAGAUUAUGUUACUGAGAUGUGACACCAAUGUUUAGAGCUGUCUUAAGGAAGUUGCUAAUACAAUAAGCAGAAAGUAGUUUGCAUAAAAUAUUUGCAAUAAAAAGUCAAUACAAUUCAACUUCAGUUAGUUUGGGUGAUUUCUCCAAAUCCAGUGGAAUGUUUUCGGAAAGCAAAGAGCUGUGGACCAAAGCUCGAGCUUUAAACACCGUCUGGCUUCCAUUAAUCCAUAAACACACAGACUCCUGGUUAUUUUUAUCCUCUGCUGCUCAUAUUGGAAGUCUCUCCAUCUGAGCCUGCUCAUCCAGAAACUGAACUGCUGAAUAUUUUCCCAUCUCUUUCCCCUCCCUCCUGUUUUCUUUCUCCUGUCUCAGCUCACAUUGGUCUCUCUCUCUCUCUCUUUGUUUCCCAUUGAAUCCUCGUUUCCUAUUGGUGAGGGCUGAUGUGAGGUGGGAGGGUCUCGGAGCUGAAUGUGAUCAGACCUCCAGUCCGCAGAGCUGCAGACUCAAGUUUUACUCCAUCCUAAAGGAAAUGUGAAUGAUUAAAAGAGGGAGGGCGUAUGUAGGGGAUCAGAUGAGCCUCUAACUGUGACACGUGUGAUUUUCAGUGAAACUUCAUGGGAGAUGUAGUUUUUAACAGUGGUUAAAAUUCAUUAUCUAAUUUCGCAAAAAUAAUAAAUUAACUAAGAUUUAAGGGCAUGUUUUGAAGCUUUACCUUUCCCACCAAUUAUGUUCCAUCAUAAGACUAAAUAACAUAACACAUACUCUCACUGUCAUGUUCAAGAAACCUGUUUGAGAUUAUUUGAGCUUUGUGACAUGGUGUAUUAUCCUGCUGGAGCAGCCAUCACAACAUGGGUUGUCUGUGGUCAACAUGUCCAUCCCUUAACAUCACAUGUAAGCUGUUUAUCCCCCACACCCUUACAGCACCUCCACCAGCCUGAACCGUUGAUAUGAGGCAAGAUGGAUCCAUGCUUUCAGGCUGUUAACGCCAAAUUUUAACCUCCACCUGAAUGUUGUAGCAGAAAUCGCAACUCAGACCAGGCGUUUUUUGUCUUAUUUUGGCAAGCCUGUGUGAAUUUCACCCUUGGUUUUCUGCUCUUAGAGAUGACUGUGCAGGAAAAUUCAAUUAGAUCAGCAUUUUUGGAGAUAAUGUGACCAUCCUAUCUGACACGAGCAAUUAUGCCACAGUCAAAGUCACUUAAAUCACCUUUUCCCCCCAUUCUGAUCCUCAGUUUGAACGUCGGCAGGCCUAAAUGACUGACUUUCUGCCUUGUGACUGACAGUUGGUUAUUUGCGCAAACAAGCACUUGAACAGGAGUACCUAAUAAAGUUGCCAUGAGUGCAAUAUUUACCUUCAUGAUUCCUUUUAAUUAAAAUGUCCAAAUUGUACAUAUGUUUGCAAAACGUGGAAUAGAUGCAACGCCACACCUCACCAUAAGUGACAAAUAUCUGAAACUCCACUUUCCUUCUAAAGUAUAAACUAUUGGGUGUCUCUCAUAACUGUUAAAGAAAUACAUAUUGUCUCUCAUAUGCAGACAAAUCUGACAAAUAUCACCAUAGUCAAUCAGCUUCAACAUUACUCCAGCCCAGAGGGUGGCAGUAAUGCACACUGACCUUUCUGGUAACUGGUAAUUGGAAAUAAAACUGCUCACCAAAGUUCAGACGGGUAACUAAAAUUUGUCAUCUUAAACAAAACCUUAAUAAGUCAACAGGGAACACAAAGGUCUCCGUGUAUGGACGGGUUUCACUUGUACCACAGUUUGUUCCAUACAGAUUUGUAGUGUUUAUGUAGCAUUUUUUUUUAAAAAGUACAUUUUAUUUGUCCUUAAAAUACAAACAGAGGAAACGGUUUCCAGCUGAUUUUAACAAUACUUUCAAUGUGAGCCACAUAUGGUAAAUGUUUGGGUCAGUGUUAUUAGUCCUGAAAUUGGAGCUGGAUUGCAGCAAACUUUUUUUCUUUUUCUUUUUUAAUUAAAUCUAAUAUCAGCCAUGUGGACUGGUCUAAAAACUGUAAUAAUCAGGCUCAGAAGUGAUCUGAGCCCAGAGCUUUAUUACAGUUUUUGUGGAUAAUUUCUGUUUUCUUUCGAAUUAAAGGUUUAAGGACAUUAUGAGGACCUGACACAUGAUUCAGGCUUUUGGUUGAAUAUACGAAAAGUUCACCUGGUGUUUAUUUUGACCAAAAUGGAGGCGCCACAUGUGGAAACCUUUCUGCUGCAAACAUGUUAAAUUAAUACACCGAAACAAAACGGAUACAGAAAUGUACCAAAAACAGAUGAUGCAUACAAGUCUGAUUGUAACUACACCAGAUGAAUUUUCUGGUUUCUCAUAACUGAAACGUGCAGAGAUCUAAAAUUAAAAAGCUCAGAGCAAUGACAAAUCAGUUCUAAAUAAAAUAAUCCCCUGGCAUUUAUUGACUGAGAACAGAAAACAAGUUGUCUGUCUGGACAGCAAUCAGAGGCUCAUAUGAUACAGAGAAUUGCUUAAAUCUGCUCCAUUCAGAGGGGGAAUCAGACAGAAAAACAAACUAUCAGGUGUGCGAAGGUGUGUUUUAGCCUCAGAUCUCUAUGCUUUAAUAAUGACAGGACUGCUGUUUAUAGACUAGUCAUUACACACAUACAGGGAACCAGCCAUUAGGACCCCAGCCGAGAGCUAUAUGAGGGACAGAAGCAGUGCUGACAGCUCUUUACUGAGAACUGCUGCAGGGAUGAGGUGGUGGCUGGUGGUGGCCAGUCUGUGGCUGCUGGUGGCCUUGACCAUCCCUGAUGCUGAGGCCAGAAACCGACCACGAAACCAGAAUGGUGAGAUUCUUAGAGGGAGGAGGAGGAGGAAAGAUGGACAAGGUUUUGGCCGGGCUAGAGCGGGGCGAACUAGACCUCUGAAGAUCAGACUGGUUCCUGGUCCCAGCAUCCCAGUGGUGCCUGUAGAAGGAAAUGCUCUUCUCCAACAACCCUAUAAGAACAUCCAAGAACAGCACGCCACCUACAACGUCAUCCCAGGUAAGCAGGGCCAGUGUGUGUACCAGGGUCUGACCAUGUUUGACCAGGCCGUCUGGUCCCCAAAGCCCUGUGUGACUUGUCUGUGUACCGGAGGGCGGGUGGUUUGUGAUGAGAGCACCUGUCCCGAAAUACACUGUCAUUUCCCCUUCACCCCUGCGGGAGAGUGCUGCCCUGUCUGCAUGGAGCCAGAACCUGACCUCAGCCUUGACAUUUCUGGUGACUCCCCAGUUCCCAAUGACCCCAGUGAUGUCGUGACUCCACUGACCCAAGAGGAGAUCCAGAAAAUCCUCUGGAGGGAGGCAGAGCAGCAUCGUGAGGAGGAAGAACGCGUGAAGAAGAAGGAGGAAGCGAGAAGAAAGAGAAGGAAGCAAAGGAAAGAGCAGGAGGAGAAACAGAGAAAGAUAGCUGAGGAGAUGAGAAAGCAGGAGGAGGAGGCACUGAGGCUGCAGGAAGAAAAGGAAGUGGAGGAGUGGAGCAGGCAGGUAGAGGAGGAGCAAAAGAGGAGGCAGGAGGAAGAGGAAGAUAGGAGACAGAAGGAGGAAGCAGAGAGAGAAGCAAGAGAGAGGGAAAGGAAGCUAGAGGAGGAAAGGAAAAGGCAGGAGGAGAUGCUGAGGGAAGAACUUUUGGAUUUAGUUGAAAAGGAGAAGGAGAGGCGCGAGGAAGAGAACGAGAGGCGCGAGGAAGAGAAGGAGAGGCGUGAGGAAGAGAACGAGAGGCGUGAGGAAGAGAACGAGAGGCGCGAGGAAGAGAAGGAGAGGCGCGAGGAAGAGAACGAGAGGCGCGAGGAAGAGAACGAGAGGCGCGAGGAAGAGAACGAGAGGCGCGAGGAAGAGAACGAGAGGCACGAGGAAGAAAAGGAGGAGCAGGAGGAGGAGGUGUGGCUGAGAGGAGAUGUGUUUCAAAUGCUCCCAAAAGAGCCUGAAGAACCUGAGGAACCAGACCUCCUUCCUGCUCCGAUUCCAAGACCUCCAGUUGCUACAGAGGAGGAACAGGUAGAAACCGAAGAGACGGGAGAAGGGGAGGAUGGGGAGAUCAUAGCUGUAAACAGAGGAGGCCUUCCUCCAGGCUGUGACAUCUCUGACGUUACUGCCACAUGUGAGAAUGCCAAACUCACACACUUCCCUCCUCUGGCCAUUCCUGAGCUGAAAUCUCUCAGUCUGGAGGGCAACAGCAUCAGCAGCAUCCCAGCAGGAGCCUUUAAUGGAAUUCCUAACCUGGAGUGGAUCAACCUGAAGAAAAACAAACUUACUUCUGCUGGCAUUGACUCUAAAGCCUUCAAAGGUCUGAAGAAGCUAACACGUCUGUAUUUGGAUGGAAACCUUUUAGACGUUGUGCCAUCUGACCUUCCCCCGACCCUGCAGGAGCUGAAGAUCAAUGAAAACAGACUGAGAGGGAUAGAUGAAAACAGCUUCCAAGAUUUGAGCAGCCUGGUUAUUCUGGAGCUGGAAGGAAAUCUGCUGAGUGAGGGGAAUGUAGAUCCUCUGGCCUUCGCUCCCCUAAUCCAGCUUUCCUACCUCAGACUGGGGAGAAACCAUUUCCGUACUGUACCACAAGGCCUUCCCAAGUCAUUGCUGGAACUCUAUUUGGAGAACAACCUGAUUGAAGAAAUCUCAGAGACAGUUUUCAAUCAGACCAGCAAUCUGAACAUAGUUUCUUUAAGACACAACAAACUGGAGGAGACCAGGAUUGCUCCACUGGCCUGGAUCAACCACAGAUAUUUGGAGUCCAUUGACCUUUCAUAUAAUAAGCUUUACAUGGUUCCUUCAUAUCUACCAAGAUCUCUAGUUCACUUGGUGCUCUUGGGAAACAAUAUUGAGAGGAUACCUGGUUACGUUUUUGCCCACAUGCAACCUGGUUUAGAGUACCUCUACCUCUCCUACAACAAACUGGAUGGAGAGGGGACUGAACCUGAGUCGUUCUUUGGGGCCUACCACUCCCUUGUCGAACUGUGUCUGGACCACAACCAGCUGGUUGUUGUGCCAUCUGGCAUCAACGAAAUGACCAACUUACACUUCCUCAGACUCGACAAUAACAUGAUCAGGAGUAUUCCUGAUGAAGCCAUCUGUGACCCAAACCACAGCGGGGACUCCACCUUGGUGGCUGUAAGAUUGGAAAACAACUACAUCGACCCCCAAAAAAUCUCACCAAUGGCCUUUUCCUGUGUAAGAUCUGCAUCAAGUGUGGUCUUAAAACCUCAGAAAACCAAGUGAACACACAUAAACAAAAUAAAAAACUGAGAGACAGUGGACUUUAAUCUGCCAAUAGAAGUCAAAAUCUCCUUUCAUCAUUUUUCUGUUACUAAUAUCAUACAAAAUAAAAAAUAAACCUAAAAAAUUACUCGAAAACGCAUUAGUCUGAUGUCAAAAUCUGACACACAGUUUAAACAUUCAAACAUGGUUACUGUCGUAUAGCAAGAUGCUAUUUGAACAUUUUCUACAACUUUAGACCAAACACAUGGUUUGGUAUCUGGUAAGCUGUCCUGCUCUGUCACCUGGCCCAUCUUAAACAGAACACAUCUGUCCGCUCUCAGAAAAUCUUCUUCUUCUACUUUCGGCUGCUCCCUCUAGAGGGUCGCCGCUGUGGAUCACUGUGUAAAAGGGAAGGAAUUCACAGUAAAAUGAAAAUCCUAAUAAAGAAAUGGAAAGAAUUCUAUGAAGUGCGACUGCAAGCACAGCGCAUUAUUUUUAACAACCUCAGCACCUUCAUGUUUCAUUUCUCGGCUGCAAUUCUUCCACUGCCUGUUUUCAUAAAAACUCUGACAUGGAAAGCUCACACGUGACACAUCCCCUAAGAUGUUUGCGUUAAACCAAGCGCUGCUGGAGAGCCAAUUCCUCAAACAGAUCAAGAUGAGAUGUAAUAACAUGCCUGUUCCUCAACGUUUUAUCUUUAUCUUGCUUACGUGAAUGGACAGGGCAGUGACCUUCCUCAAGUGUAGUCAAGUCUGAUUGAUGUUUGAUGCAAAAAUUAAGUGGGAGUCUUGCUAUUGCAUGUGUUAUGAUUUACAAUUCAGCAUCAUCAAGACGAAUGCAUCAUAUGUGAUAUUGAGCUUUUGUUAUGGUAUAUCCUGCACAGCAACUGUUUCACUUCACUUUGUGGUUAAAAGAAUUCACAAUGAAUUCACGAUCCCUUACAAAGUUAUGUCUGCAACUGUAUCUGGGUUAACUUCUAUUUCUUCUUAUCCUGCUUUAUAUAGGAUGUGUCUUAACAUGGGUUUAUUUAAUCCCAGGUGGGAGCAGACUAUGCUGAAGAUUUUAUGGAAAUUAUGGCCAAACAUUUCUGACUUUAAUGCUGCUGCAUGAAAAUAUCUUAUUUUACUUACUGUAAAUUUGUACUUCUGUGUUUUCUUUUAAUUGAAUCUUCUUCUUUCCCAGACACAGAAACACACAAGCUUUUUAGAUAAUUUAAACUCUUUUACUGUGCAUCAGCUUUCAAGCUGUGCAAACUGUAAUAUAAUGUAUUACGACUGUGUACAUGAAAGGCUCUUUCUACCUAAAGGUCUUAAUGUUGCUUUGAAAAGCUCUCACUAGAGGUCCAAAACACUCAACAAUUUAACAAUUUACUUUAGAUUUUUUCAUUUCAUUUCUUUUUUUUUCUUUUUCUUUUUUUUUUUUUUUUUUUACAAAUUUAAGAUAUAUUUGAAAAUUAUAUCCUUUCAUUUGCUCUUGGCUGGCCAACAUGCUUAAAUUAUAUGAAGUUGGUGAGUCAACUUUAUAUUUUACAGUUUAGCACAAUGUUAUGAUGCACGGAAAAAAUAAACUUUAAGUUACCA